CACUUUAUUAUGUUAUGAGUGGGAAAAAAAGGCAGAUGUUGUUAAAGUUAGUUCCAAAAGUCUCCACCGAUCACUCCGCACAAACCAAAACUCAGAGAAAAUGGGAUGUCCACUACGAAACGUCAUCUUCUCCCUCAUCAUCAUCAUCGCCGCCGUCCUCCGCCACUCCGCCGCCACAUCAUCAUACCCCAAAGAAGCCCUCCCCACCAAAUCAGGCUACUUAACAGUCAACUCCACCACCGGCUCCGCCAUUUUCUACACAUAUUACGAAGCUCGGACUACUUGUCACAACACCACCACCACCGAAACUCCGAUCAUAAUCUGGCUACAAGGCGGGCCGGGCUGCUCAUCCAUGAUAGCCAACUUAUACGAGCUCGGGCCGUGGCUACUGAACCAAGACCUCUCCCUCCAACCCAACCCUGGUUCAUGGAACAGAAUCUUCGGCCUACUUUUUCUCGACAACCCAAUCGGCACCGGAUUCAGCGUCGCUAAUUCACCUCAAGAAAUACCCCAAAAUCAGCACCAAGUAGCCAAACACCUCCUUACUGCAAUCAAGAAAUUCCUCGCCUUGGAUGCUUCUUUCAAAACCAGGCCAAUCUACAUAACCGGUGAGAGCUAUGCUGGGAAGUAUCUGCCGGCACUUGGAUACUACAUUCUGAAAAAGAACUCUGUUUUGCCUGUCGAAAACAGAGUUAAUUUACGCGGUGUUGCUAUCGGAAACGGGCUCACCGAUCCCGAAAUUCAAGCAUCCACUCACGCAGUGAACGCCUACAAUUUGGGUCUGAUAAACGAAAAUCAGAAAACCCUUUUGGAGAAACUUCAGUUAGAAGCCGUCGAGUUAGUGAAAAACCGUAGUUGGAGCGAGGCGACCGAUGCAAGAACUAGGGUUUUGAGGACACUAUCGAAUAUGACCGGACUGGCCACUUUGUACGAUUUCAGGAGACUUGUUCCUUACGAAGACGAUUUAGUUGCUAAGUUUUUGAACAAUGUGGAAGUGAAGAAGGCGUUGGGAGUUAACGAGUCUUUAGUGUUUGAGCUUUGUAGUGACGUGGUGGAGGAGGUUAUGAAGGAGGAUGUGAUGAAGAGCGUGAGGUAUAUGGUGGAGUUUUUGGUGAAGAAUACGAAGGUUUUGUUGUAUCAAGGGCAGUGUGAUUUGAGAGACGGUGUGGUAUCGAGCUUGGCUUGGAUGAAGAAGAUGAAGUGGGAAGAGAUAAACGGGUUUUUGGGUGCGGAGAGGAAAGUUUGGAGGGUGGAGGAAAAGCUAGCUGGCUAUGUGCAGAAAUGGAAGAGUUUGAGCCAUGUUGUCGUGUUGAAUGCCGGUCAUCUUGUGCCUACUGAUCAGCCUAUUAAUUCUCAAGUUAUGUUGGAGGAUUGGAUUUUCGAGAAGGGCUUGUUUGGUGAUGAGAAAAUUGAAGAGAUGGUGAUGAUGCCUAGUGAUUUUAGUGGUUCUGUCUGAGAUUUUUGGUGCUACUUUUGUUGUAAUAAUUAGUGUAGAAUUGAUUAGUUAUGAGUUGUGUGGAUGGAUGUUGAUGGCUUGCUAUUUGUGAUUGAAAUAGGAAGCUACAUUAUCAACGUCUGAAAUACUAAAUGUUGUUUCAGUUUUAUCGAUCAUGUUUCGACUUCAAAUGUGGUUUUGAAAUUUUUUCAGUCUGAAUUUGGCAAUUACUCAAAA